AUGGCUGAAGCCGGGACGGGUUUUUUAGAGCAGCUGAAGUCUUGCAUCGUCUGGUCCUGGACUUACCUCUGGACGCUGUGGUUCUUCAUCAUGCUCUUCCUGGUCUACAUCUUGCGGGUGCCCCUGAAGAUCAAUGACAAUUUAACCACAGAAUGCAAAGUCUGGCGAAAUCCUUUAAAUCUAUUCAGAGGAGCAGAAUAUAAUCGGUAUACAUGGGUAACAGGGAGAGAACCUCUGACUUACUACGAUAUGAAUCUUUCAGCACAGGACCAUCAGACAUUCUUUACAUGUGACACGGAUCAUUUACGGCCUGCAGACGCUAUAAUGCAAAAAGCCUGGAGAGAGAGAAACCCCCAAGCCCGAAUUUCUGCAGCACAUGAAGCUUUGGAAUUGAAUGAGUGUGCUACUGCUUAUAUUCUCUUGGCUGAAGAGGAAGCAACAACAAUUGUAGAAGCAGAGAAGCUGUUUAAGCAAGCUUUGAAAGCUGGAGAGGGCUGUUACAGGCGCAGUCAGCAGUUACAGCACCAUGGUGCACAGUAUGAAGCCCAACACAGAAGGGACACCAAUGUAUUAGUCUAUAUCAAGAGGAGGCUGGCAAUGUGUGCAAGAAAGCUGGGAAGGACCAGGGAAGCAGUGAAAAUGAUGAGAGAUCUGAUGAAGGAGUUUCCUCUGCUCAGCAUGUUCAACAUCCAUGAAAACCUGCUAGAGGCUUUGUUGGAACUGCAAGCAUAUGCAGAUGUCCAGGCAGUCUUAGCAAAGUAUGAUGAUAUAAGCUUACCAAAAUCAGCAACAAUAUGCUACACAGCUGCAUUGCUCAAAGCCAGAGCUGUCUCUGACAAGUUUUCUCCAGAGGCUGCCUCGAGGCGAGGGUUGAGUACUGCAGAGAUGAAUGCAGUAGAAGCUAUUCACAGAGCAGUAGAAUUUAAUCCACAUGUGCCAAAAUAUCUACUAGAAAUGAAAAGCUUAAUUCUCCCCCCUGAACAUAUUCUGAAGAGAGGGGACAGUGAAGCAAUAGCAUAUGCUUUCUUUCAUCUUCAGCACUGGAAAAGAGUAGAGGGGGCAUUGAAUCUCUUACACUGUACCUGGGAAGGCACUUUCAGAAUGAUUCCCUAUCCACUGGAAAAAGGACAUCUUUUCUACCCUUACCCUAUUUGUACAGAAACUGCAGAUAGAGAACUGCUACCAUCAUUUCAUGAAGUUUCAGUUUACCCCAAGAAAGAGCUUCCCUUCUUCAUCCUUUUCACUGCUGGGCUAUGUUCUUUCACAGCCAUGCUAGCCCUCCUGACACAUCAGUUCCCAGAGCUUAUGGGGGUCUUCGCAAAAGCUUUUCUCAGCACCCUCUUUGCUCCGUUAAAUUUUGUGAUGGAAAAAGUAGAAAGCAUCCUGCCCUCCAGUCUGUGGCACCAGCUGACAAGGAUCUGAGGGAGCAUGCCUGCUGACUGACUGCCAUGACAUCUUCUGUGCCAACUUUUUGUUGACCACAAGAAAGCAUGAUAAAAAAGGGAAGCAGUUCUAAGACUUAAAAACUCUUCAUGGAUUGUCUGUUCUCAUAUAAAAACUGUUUUGUUGUACAAAGUACGUUGAUGUUAGGUUCUAUUAUAUUUUGCCUUCAGAAAUGAAAAAUUUAAAAAUAAACUUUUGUGUAUUGCA